GGGGCCUUGAUUUAAUCAGAUUAGCAGAUUAGAAAUGUUGGUGCAGAUUACUUUAUAACCCAGAUUGAGGGAGAGGAGAGGGAUUCUGCAACAGGAUUUUGGUGGUGAAGGACUGCUACCUGUGAGCAUUCAGAAUGCCGGUCAUAAAUGUGGAAGACCUGACAGACAAGGACAAGGCUGUGAUGGAAGUAAACCAACUCAAAAUUGAAAUAAAGCUUGAGAGGUGGUUGACAUCUAAAUGCUGUGAGGAAAUCAAGGAGUACAUUCAGGCUGGAGUGGAGGAGGACACCCUUGUCAAAGGCAUUUCAGAGGAGAAGAACCCCUUCAAGGAAAAAGGUGGCUGUGUCAUCUGCUGAAAUGGACCUGAGGAGCUUUUCCUAUCUCAGAUUAGUACCCAAGGACAUUCUCCCUCCCAUUGCAAAGUGGAUUUGCAGACUGAGAAGACUAGAAGGACACAAUAAAGACAGAAGUUAUACAACGGCACAAGCUACCCUGUAAAUGAACCUACCAUUUUUCGGGGGCAGAUUUGUAUCAUCCUUGGAGCAGAUGCGUUAAAUAAGAGUUUUGUUUUUUUUUCUGCAUGAGUUCUAAUAAUAAUAAUAAUAAUAAUGCUUCCCUGUCAUGUGACAUAUAUAGUCUGAGUAAACGGGCCUGCGUGUUGUUUUCAUACACUGAAGCAACUGUCAUUAAACGUGCAUGUUUAUAACUCAA